AUGACCUUCUCUGAGGAGGUGUUCGAGAACAUGAUGCGUCUGCCCGGAGGACAGUGGGUCGCCAUGACGGACGCCUACACGGACGUGAACGGAGAGAAGGCGGUCCCCAAAGAGGAGGUGGAGUGUCCGUCAGGCUGGAAGUGGGCGGAGCCAGAGUGGAGCGAGGACCUGAACCGAGCCGUGGACGAGCAAGGAUGGGAGUAUGGCAUCACCCUUCCUCCGGACAGACGUCCAAAGUCCUGGGUUCCUUCAGAGAAGAUGUAUCACACAAACAGACGCAGACGAUGGACCAGACUCAGACACAGAGACCUGAGCCAGAGGAGCUGCCUCACCAAGCAGCGGGCCGAGGACCUGGAGGGCUGGGAGUACGCCUCAGUGUUUGGAUGGAGGUUUCACACCAAACCCCGAAAGACGGACAGCUUCAGGAGAAGGAGGUGGAGGUGUCGCAUGGAGCCUCUGGAGAGGACCGGCCCCGCGGCCAUCUUUGAUCUGGAGUGCUCUCUGAGCAGUAUUGAGGAUCGUAGUGAGGACAAGUCCGUCACGACCACGUUCGGAGUGAGCAGACCGACCAUCUCCUGCUUCUUUGACCGAGGAACUCGGUACCAUCUGCGCUGCUACAUGUACCAGGCCCGAGACCUGCCCCCCAUGGACAAGGACAGCUUCUCUGACCCAUAUGCUGUGGUCUCCUUCCUGCAUCAGUCCCAGAAGACCGUCACAGUCCGGAACUCCCUGAACCCGACCUGGGACCAGACCCUGGUCUUCUAUGAGGUGGAGAUCUUCGGACACCCGGAGCACCUGCGGGAAAACCCUCCAGAGGUUGUGGUGGAGCUGUACGACCAGGACUCAUACGGAGCAGACGAGUUCAUGGGUCGGUGUGUGUGUCCCCCGUCCUUCGACCCAGAGCCUCGUCUUUCCUGGUUCCCCAUCCUCAGAGGGGGAGGCAGCGGGGGACAGCUGCUGGCGGCGUUUCACAUCCUGCAGAGAGACCAGCCGUCUCUUCACCACAUCCCGGGACAAGAGGGCGACGUGGUGACCUCCUACCAAGCUCUGGAUGAGCUCCUCUUCAGUGGCCUGGUCCCCGACGACCAGCAAUGGUCCCAACAGUCGGAUCUGCCGCCGCCGCCUCCUCAGAGAGAACCCAACGUCUACAUGGUUCCACAGGGAAUCAAACCAGCACUGCAGAGGACCGCUAUUGAGGUCCUGCUGUGGGGGCUGAGGAGCCUGAAGAGCUUCCAGCUGGCCAGUGUUACCUCCCCCAGCCUGCAGGUGGAGUGUGGAGGCGUCACUGUGCAGAGCUGCGUCAUCCACAACGUGAAGAAGAAACCAAACUUUGACAUCAACACACUCCUGCUGGACGUGUUGCUGCCUGUGGAGGACCUGUACAUUCCUCCCAUCGUGGUCAAAGUCAUCGAUAACCGUCAGUUCGGGAGGAGGCCGGUGGUGGGACAGUGCACCAUCACGGCCCUGGACCAGUACCGCUGUGGUCCGGGACAAGACCAGGACCGGGACCAGGACCAGGAGGAGGGCCCCCGCUUCUCAAGUGAGACCACACUCAGACCUCUGCGUGGGAAGAGUUCAGUCAACUUCACUUUAAUGUAUUUGACUGAGGACUGA